CUCCAACCCUGGGCCGUCCCGCCAGUGUCUGGUAAGUCAUCCAUGUCCUCUCGUCGUCCAGAGGGGCCGACGCCGCCAUUGUGCAGUGGCGCCCAAGAUAGCCGCCGCCGACGCCGUGCACACAGUCAAUUGCUGCUGCUACUGCUCUUGCUAUUGCUGGUGCUGAUGCCAUCGCCUCCGCCUCCGCCGCCGCUUCUGCUCUGGCUGCUCGUGCCGCGCAGACAAGCACGUGGGGCUGAACUCUGUGUCUGA